UUCUAAAAUUCCAAACACUCCUAAGUGUUAGCUAGCAUCUUUCUAAAAAGAGUGUUAGCACUUAACUUAGAUCUCGGUGCCCGGGGUUGAGCGGAGGGCAUCCGAACUAUUAAAAUUGGUGGGGAGAUGACUUGUAAUCACAUUAUCCAUAGGAAGGAGAUAUGGUGAACAAGUGGCAGUAUCUCAGUGGAUGAAACGAUCUUCCCCUUGACUUUACCCUCAUAGCUUCCAAGAUAGAGAUAAUUCGAACUUACCCACAAAUUGCUCAAACUCAAAAGCCACCGCUUUCCCAACGCCAACUUCCACAAUCCAGAAUCAUGGCUAGCUGCAACAUGGCAUCAGCCGCUUCAGGGUUUGUCUUUACACCCAACGUCACAACAACCUCUGCUGCCUCGAAGACAAGCGGCACCAACUUCUUGUUUUUCCCACACAAGAACAACAGCAGCAGCGGCGGUUCCAGGCUGCAGCUCGUUGUGAGGGCGGCCGCCGACGAGGGUGCGGCGCCACCUGCUGCUACUACUACAACCGCAGAUGGUGAAGCUCCUAAGGCUAAGGUCAAGCCACCACCGAUUGGACCCAAGAGAGGAACCAAGGUGAAGAUUCUAAGGAGGGAAUCCUACUGGUUCAAUGGAAUUGGAUCCGUAGUAGCUGUUGAUCAGGACCCCAAGACUCGCUACCCAGUUGUGGUCCGAUUCGACAAAGUUAACUACGCAAAUGUAUCGACGAACAAUUAUGCUUUGGACGAAAUCGACGAAGUGAAAUGAGUUGUGUCGUGAUGGAAUGAUUGUAUUAGUGUUGUAUAUUUUUUUCUUCUAUUCUCUACUGUUGUAAUUUUGAACAGUUGGGUGGGUAUCUCAAGUCUCUCCUAUUUCUCCGUCUAAAGCUCAAAUGCAUGCUCAUCCCUUCCACAGCUUCUAUUGCGCUAUCACCUCACCUUACCCUUCGUUUUAUCCUCCGCCCCUCUUCUUUCUUCUCCUCAUAGUUUAGUUUCGAACCCCAUUAAAUCAGCUCCGUAAUGAGAAGUGGAACACUAAGCACCAUUAGAAUGUUAGGUCAUCUACAAUAAGGUAGUACAAAGUCAAAAUAUAGCUCAAAACUCAAACAUCAAAAAGGGUCAAAGUGCUAAGAAAUGAGGUAUGGAGUGCUAAGUUGGCACACAACACGACAAGGGUGUUACGUGACGAGUCAUUGUGACAAUUUAGGAAUUUCUGGGCUCAUAUAUUUUUAGUAGUUUUAUUAAUUAGUUCGUAUUUCGUAUUAUUGAGGAUAUUAUUAUUGUUUAAUUGUCUUAGUAGAAUUGUGAUUGUUUUCUAGUAUGUUUAGGAAUUGGUUAACAUUUUCUUGUGGGAGUAGUAUUCAUGUUCUAUAUAGGAGAAAGUAGAGGCUUAUAUGCGUAUAGAUAUGUACUUUGUCUUACGUUUGAUGAUAUGAAGAAGAUUGGAACCCAAAUCUAGUUAUUGUAUUUCGUUUUAUCGCAAUUUAUCGCGUUUUAUCGUAGUUUGUUAGUUUUAUCGCAAGGAAGUUACGAGUUAAGAAUUCUUCAAUUCAGUGUCUCGUAACAAAGGGGAGCAAAAACUCUGCCCCCAUGAUUUCCCUUGACGCGUCGGAGUAGGGAGUUGGACGCAUUCCCAGGCGGAGAAGGAAGGCAUGUUGGCGUCUUGUCAACCGCCCCUUGAUAAAAAUUGGAAAAUUAAACAACACGAGAACAUCGGAUUUUUCGUGGUUUUCUUGAUGUUCAGGAUAAAUGAGAUAAUUUAGUUUUUAAUUCCAUAAAAAAAAGAACCCGCAUUAACUCUGGCCGUUGAGAUGGACGUGGAUGGUGGAUAUUGCUGGUGUACGACAUACCUCAAUAUAUGUCUGGUGUAUGAUAGAAGUCACCAUAUAUAUAUGAUGCCUUCUACAGUACCCCGAGUAAAAUCCAGGGUACCGUAUACCUUGAGUAUGAAAACGCUAUCUAGACCUCGAAUUAGAAGGAUUUUUGGGCAUGAUACUAUACCCUAACCCUUAAUGAGCGAACCCUAGGUCCUAAUUAUCUUAAUCAUAAACUAUAAACCCUAAGAUGGUGCAUUGAUUUUUUUGCCUAUAUUUGGAUGAAUCAUAAGCGUCGAUUAUUGUUUCUAAUUAAAUUGAUCUUGGGGU